CUGUCUACAAACCAGACCGUGCGCACUUUUAAACUGUCGCAAAACCGCCCUAGUUGUGCCGUUGCUGUAGUUGUGCUUUACGGCAUUUGAAUCAUGGCGGUGUCGCAGAGCAGUGUACUACUGAGCACGAAAUGGUGGGAGGCAUCAAACAGAGGGGCUGCAAUACUCAGCUAUUUGGGUGAGAAGGUCCCCCUUCUUUACUGCCUGGAGACAGAGCAACAAGAUGAGGAGCAAAAGGUGGAAGAACACCUCCUUUAUCCUCUGGAGUGCUUUCUUUUUGGGGAGGACCCCCAUGCUGGCCUGGAAAAGCUACAGCAGUGCGACAGCGGCUCAUCUUCUCAGCAGUGUGGGCGUGUCUUUAAAGAGGGCGAGACGGUCUACUCCUGCAGAGACUGUGCAAUAGAUCCCACAUGUGUACUCUGCAUGGAAUGCUUUCAGAAAAGUGUGCACAAAAGUCAUCGCUACAAGAUGCAUGCCUCAGCAGGAGGAGGAUUCUGUGACUGCGGAGACUUGGAGGCUUGGAAGACCGGACCGUACUGCUCCCAACAUGAUCCUGGCACCUCAGUCCCGAUGGAAACGGAUGAGUGUACGUUAGAUUCAGGCCUUCAGGAACGUGCUCAGACGCUGUUCCGGACACUGCUGCAUUACACUGCAGAUCUUCUGGUUUGGAAGGAGAAUGAUGAACUAUCAGAGGAGCUGAAGCCAAAAGUCAAAGAAGACACCUACUUUUGUGUGCUCUACAAUGAUGAGCAUCACUCAUAUGACCAUGUCAUUUACACACUUCAGCGAGCUAUUGGCUGUGACCAAAAUGAGGCUCAAAUAUACACAACUCUCAUUGACAAAGAGGGACGGAAAGCAGUAAAAAGAGGCAUUCUGAGAUCCUGUCAGCAAGCAAAAGACAGUAUCAGGCGUAACUCGGAGCACAUUACCCAGCAACCGUUGCGGGUGGAGAUCCUUCACACUGCUGUGAUGGCUCACCAGACCUUUGCCCUCAGACUUGGCACAUGGUUCCAAAAAAUCUUUGGAUACUCAGUUGGCUUUAGGCAGGUGUUUUGCCAGGUGGCUUUAGAGCCAGGCGUUGACAACGAUAAGCUCUGCCUGAUCAGUCGAGUCAUGCUACAUGAUGCCAAACUUUAUAAAGGUGCCCGCAAGGUCGUCCAUGAGUUAAUUUUCAGUAGCUUACUAAUGGACACAGAAUACAAGAGGCAGUUUGCCAUGAAAUUCACAGAGCACUAUAAACAGCUUCAGGAGGAUUUUAUCAGUGAUGACCACCAAAGGAAUAUUUCAGUCACAGCUUUAUCUGUACAGAUCUUCACAGUUCCCACUUUGGCCAGGCAGUUGAUCGAGGAGGGCAGCGUCAUAAAGGUGAUUAUAGACACAGUAAUGGAGAUGAUGAGGGAACACCUCGACAGCAACAAUCGCUUCCACUUUCAGGGCUAUAACUCCGACAAGUUCUUCCGGAUUCAAGUUAUCUUCCAUGACCUUAGGUACAUUCUCAUCAGUAAACCCUCAGCGUGGACUGAGGAACUGAGAGUGAAGUUUCUUGAAGGCUUCCGUGUCUUUCUUAGUUUCCUUCGUUGUAUGCAGGGGAUGGAAGAGGUGAAGAGGCAGUUUGGUCAGCACGUGGAGGUGGAGCCAGAGUGGGAGGCGGGGUUUACUCUUCAGAUGCAGCUACGUCACAUUCUCUCCAUGUUUCAGGACUGGUGCUCUUCUGAUGAGAAGGUCUUGCUGUUGGCCUUUCAGGAGUGUUAUCAGGUUUUAAUGUCUUGCACCAACCAGCCCUUCCGCAGAGAGCCAACUGACAGCUACAUGUGCAAGCAAAUCCUCCAUGCACGGCCUUACAAAGUCUCCCAGGAGCCUGUCUCCAUUCACCUGCCCGUCUCUAGACUGCUGGCUGGUUUAUAUGUGCUUUUGUGUAAAACCGGAGCAGUUCAGUACCUCCCUGACUUUGUGGAUCCUGCUCAGCUGAACUUCAUUGAGAUGACAGAACAGUCACUGCGCUGUGUGGUGCUAGCAGCUCAGGUGUGUGCUGACAUGUGGCGUAGAAACGGCCUGUCACUCGUCAGCCAGGUGUAUUAUUAUCAGGAUGUUAAGUGCAGGACUGAAAUGUUUGAUAAGGAUAUUAUCAUGCUGCAGAUUGCUGCUUCCAAAAUGGACCCGGACCACUUUCUUAUGUUCAUUCUUUUGAGAUUUGAACUUUUUGAUAUUUUUAACGGUAACUGCCCUAGUAAAGAUCAGGAGGUGCUGAAGCAGUGGAAUAGUUUAACAGAGGAGAUGCUUUACCUGAUAAUCAUCAUUGUAGGUGAGCGGUACAUACCUGGAAUCAGUGACGUGACUAAAGAAGAUGUGACUAUGAGGGAGGUUAUUCAUCUGCUGUGUGUUGAACCCAUGGCUCAUAGCAGCCUUGCCAAAAGUCUGCCUGAAGAUGAAAGUAAUGAAACAGGAGUUGAAUCCGUCAUAACUAAGGUUGCCACCUUCAAGAAACCUGGAGUAUCAGGUCAUGGCUUGUAUGAGCUGAAGAAGGAAUGGUUGAAAGAGUUUAACCCCUUCUUCUAUCAUUAUUCCAAACCUCAGCAUAGUAAGGCAGAAGAGGCUCAGAAGAAGAGAAGAACCCAAGAGGGCAGUGAUAAAGCCCUACGUCCCCCAGUGCCCCCUCCCUUUUGCCCUGCCUUUGCAAAUAUAGUGCGUCUGCUUCGCUGCAAUGUCUUCAUCCACAUUCUAAGAAGAGUUAUGCAGAAAGCAGUGGAGGACCGCUCCAACCGAUGGACCGAACCCAUGAUCCAGAGGGCUCUGCACCUUGUUGCUCAGGCACUUCUAGAGGAAAAGGCGCAAUUGCAAUCUGGCAGUGCCAAAGAUGUGACCUUUGAUUUUAGUCUGAAAGCACAAAAAAUCGGUUCUGAACAUGGCAAGUCUUUGUUUCACUUCCUAACCAAAAUGAAGUCUUUACCAUCACUCGAAGCUCAAAAAGACAUGAUCACAUGGAAUUUACAGAUGUUUGAGGUGGUGAAGAGCAUUCGGGAGAAAUCCGGGCCUGUAGCUUCAUCUCCUGUAGAUCAGAGCAAGCCAGAGGAGUUACUUGGAUUUCACACUAGUGUUCAGGAAAAAGAGAAAGCAGAGCGGAAAAGGAAAGCAGAGGCUGCUAAAGCGCACAGGCAAAAGAUCAUGGCGCAAAUGUCUGCAAUGCAGAAGAACUUCAUAGAGUCAAACAAAAUGCUUUAUGACAAUGUACCUGAGAGCUCAAGUCAGAGUGAAACAACUGCAUCUCUAGAAAGCAUUGGAAUGGAUAUGGAUGACAACAGGGUAGCUGUAGGACCUCAGCAGGGUGUUUGCUCUACAGACUGGGAGGCUAUGACCUGCAUUCUGUGUCAGGAGGAACAGGAGGUUAAAGCUCAGGCACCCGCCAUGGUACUCACAGCAUGUGUGCAGAGAUCUACUGUUCUUACCCAGUGCCGGGGCAAAACACUCUCUGCCAAAGAACAGUACUACCCUCUAUUUAUGUCCCCUGAUCUGGCUGUGGGCACACAUACUGGCAGUUGUGGACAUGUGAUGCACGCCACCUGCUGGCAAAAGUACUUUGAGGCUGUGCAAAACACCACUCGAAAUCGGCUGCACACGGAGCUGCUUAUAGACCUUGAGAAUGGAGAAUACAUGUGUCCUCUCUGCAAGUCUCUCUGUAACACUGUUAUUCCUUUGAUCCCUGUGGAGCCCAGCAAACUCAACUAUGAAAGUGCUGAAUUAGUUGGUCAACAUCUAACUCUUGCUCGCUGGAUUCAUGUAGUACUUUCCCGGAUCAGAGGCCUGAAAGCUACACGAGAAGCAGGCAGUAACAGAGAGCAGGGAGCAGAGCAAGCCACCGUGUUUUUUGAAGAGGGUCAAGCUGAUUUUAGAUCCAUUCUCAGUUUUGGAGUUCAAGAACCGCCGAAGUUCUCCAGCAGCAUCACAGAGAUGUUGGGGGUCUGCGCAGUGACAGUGCACAGGGUGGGUCUGCAGACUGCCCCCAAUGAUCUGUGUCCAUACGUACCUGUUAUGUCCUGGAACACCUGCGCCUACACUAUCCAAGCUAUCGAGAGCAUGCUGCAGGAUGAGGGGAAAGCUCUGUUUGGGUCCCUCCAGAACAGACAGCUUGCUGGACUCAAAGCUGUGGUGCAGUUCUCAUCAGCUCAGAGCCUAAAGAACCGUCAAACUGUAGUACAGCAACAUUUCGCUGAUAUGCUUGCAGUCUUGUUGCCUGUCUCUAAUGUAGAGGACACACCAUCAAUAUUAGAAUUGGAUUUCUUUCAUCUACUGGUGGGGCUUGUUCUGUCAAUCCCAGUGUUGUAUCAAGAAGAGGCAGUUGACCUGCAGCCGUCAGCGAUCAGUACAGCAUACAAUCACCUCCACCUGUUGCACCUGGUCACUAUGGGACACAUGCUACAGGUUCUGCUGACCUCAAACGAUUGUGCUGUGAGUAGAGGAGCUGAUGAGGGAGAUGAGGCUCGGGCCGCAGCAGAGAUUUACUCUAUUGUGUCUCAACACACUGAUGGGUUGAGUUCUGGUGUAUCUGGCUCUACAGUUGCAGAGAGAGUAAAGAGAGGCAUCCUUCCUUUCCUGCGCUGUGCUGCGCUGUUCUUCAGUUGCCUUACAGGAGUGCCCCCUCCAGAGGAACUAUUCAGUAUUGCAGAAUCUCCUGAGAGUCAGUUGCUACUGAUCUGUAGUUACCUUGCCUUGCCCUGCAACCUGUUUCAACUGUUUCAGGAUCACAUGGAUGUUAUGACACCCUUAAUAAAGAGGUGGUGUGAAAAUCCAGCCAUAUCCAGAGCACUUAAAGGUGAAAUGCACAUUAUCAGGUAUCCUUGCAAAAUAAACAGGUUAAUAGAUCUUCCAGAGGACUAUAGCGUGCUGCUGAACCAAGCAAGUCAAUUUAAAUGUCCAAACUCAUCAGAUGAUGAGCGCAAACACCCAACUUUGUGUCUGCUCUGUGGGGUCAUGCUGUGCGCACAGAGUCCCUGCUGUCAGGUGCAGCUGAACGGAGAGGAUGUGGGAGCUUGCACGGCCCACGCUGACACCUGCGGGGCUGGUGUGGGAAUAUUUCUCAGGGUUAGAGAGUGUGAGAUUGUAUUGAUGGCCAGUAAGACCCGAGGGUGCCGAUAUCCAGCUCCUUACCUUGAUGACUAUGGAGAAACAGAUCCAGAGCUUGUGCGUGGGAACCCUCUGCACCUGAGUCCAGAGCGUUACCGCAAAUUGCUCAAUAUGUGGCAGCAACACUGCAUUUUGGAAGAAAUUGCCCGUAGCCUGGAGGUUCUCAACGUCAUGUUCGCCUUUGAGUGGCAGAUGCUCUGAGGAGCAGCACAACGCAAACCGCAGGGCAUGCGACAUUCUGCUAGGUUACGCUUGAAAUCUGCCUCACUGCAAAGACUAAUAAAACUUCCCAGCUUCCCAACAUCUUUACGAACUGAUUUCCUUCAGACAUUGUUUUAUGGGCAGCCACACUGAAUAGGCCCAUAAAAAUGAUUCACAAAGUCAGCGUGUUUCUCGGCUCUUAAUUUAUUUCGCUUUGGUUGCAGGCUGCAUCGUUUCAUACUAAUUUGUGCCUCAUUGUGUGGUUUUUGUAUCAUUAUCAGAAUGUAAAGAGGCUUUUGUCUCUAUUACAUGCUUUUCUGUUGUUUUAUACCUUUGCAAAAUGUUUUCCAACCCUUCUUUGCUGCAGUUUUUUUGUUAAUCUGCGAGAAUAUUAUAUCAAUAUGUAAGGUUAUUAUAGAAAAAUGUGGUAAAGUAUAUUGUUUUAGGAUGUGAAGCUGUUACUUGUGAAUUAUACAAAAUUUUGUCUAAGUCACGUUUCUCCUCGAAAUCAUAAAGCCCAUUUUUAGGGCCAUUACAAUUUUUUGCAUGUGCCUCAUUGUGAUAUUCUUUUUUGGGGGUAAAUCUGUUAUCUUUCUUCACCCGUGCUAUGGAUGUCACAUGAACAUGUAUAUAAAACAAUAAUGUAUAAUUAGAAGCUUAUUUUAUUAUAUAAAUAUAACCGUUAUGUAAUAGAAACACUGUAAGUCAAUGUUCACAUGCAACAAUGCCUGUUGGAUAAAUCCAAGCGUAUUUCACUUUUUCCACUCAUUAUUAUGUAUUAAAUACUAGCCUUUUCAUUUAGUGACAGUUUAAUGGCAGGUUAUAAAGAACACAAUACACAACUUACAUCAUGUUUCAAAAAUAUGGAAGAAGUUUUAGUUUGCACUUGGCUUCAAGCUGUUUGUUUACAAUAAACUACUGAGUGAAAACUCAUCCAUGAUG